AUGUACUGUGAAGGAACAGGGAGAAUUUCCCCCAGUGGUCCGUGCAUUGCAGGGUUUGUGUGUUUUGGGGCCGCCUCUCAACCCUCCCCCUCAGACAACAUCACAGGAGCUCCAUGUCCUCCUGGAUUCUACUGUCCUGUUGGGAGCUCCGUACCAUCGCCCUGCCCUAAAGGCACAUUCAGUGAGCAAAGUGGAUUAACGGAGCCCUCCCAGUGUCGUAGAUGUGUUCCAGGGUUCUACUGUGCAGAGCCAGGCCUUAAAGCAGUCACUGGAGCCUGUCUGCCAGGUUUCUACUGUUUGGAAGGGUCCCAGAGUGCUGCCCCGAUGUCAGGUGUAUUUGGAGGUGUUUGCAACCCAGGCCACUACUGUGAGAGUGGGACCAGUGUGCCUGCAUCCUGCCCUGCUGGCACCCAUCACAAUAACACCGGAGGGAAGAAGAGAGAUGACUGCAAGCCAUGUCCUGAUGGUAACGUAAUGAUCUUCAGAGAGAUGUGA